AUGCUAAGCCCGACCGUGCUUAAGGUUGGUGCGCUUCUAGCCGCCCUCGUGGUCGUGCGUUAUUUAGCCCAGUCGUACCACCACUACAAGCAGGCCAAAUCCUUGCGCUGUGUAUCUCCACCACAUGGCGCAUCCGGCUUCUUCGGUAUUCCGGCUUUCUACCGCCUCACGCAAGCUGUGCGUGAGAAGCGCUGGAUCGACUAUCUUUGCGAUCAGUUCGCCAUUAAUGGAAAUACCUUCCAGCAGCAGUUCCUGAAUCGGAAACUAUUGGCUACCAUUGAACCGGAGAACGUCAAGGCCAUCCUGGCGACCCAAUUCCAGGAUUUCUGUCUCGGCACUCGACAUGAGCAGUUCGACCCCCUGCUGGGAGAUGGUAUCUUUACUCUGGAUGGUGCGGGCUGGUCCCAUGCGCGAGGACUGUUGCGACCGCAGUUUACCAGAGAUCAGGUCGCGGAUCUGAGUAUGCUGGACGACCACAUCAAGCACCUGAUCGCUUUGAUCCCCAAAGAUCGAACCAGCUUCGAUAUUCAGCGCCUCUUCUUCAUGCUGACUCUGGACUCGGCCACUCAUUUCCUCUUUGGUGAAUCUGUCGGCUGCAUGCUUCCCCCGUCUGAGACUACCGGUGUCCUGGAGAAGUCCGCCGUACGCAGCGCCCAGGGUUUCGCCGAUGCGUUCACCACCGCGCAAGACUAUUUGGCCGCCCGCUCGCGUGCUCAGGGCCUGUACUGGCUCGUCAACCCUAAGGAGUUCCGCGAGGCCAACAGCCAGGUGCAUGAAGUUGUCGACCACUAUGUUAACAUCGCGCUCGAGGCAAAGAGAAACCCGGACAAGAAACAGGAUGACCGAUACAUCUUCCUCCACGCCUUGGCGGCCGAUACCGAUGACCGCAAGAUGCUGCGCGACAAUAUGCUCAACAUUCUCCUCGCCGGACGUGAUACAACAGCCAGUCUACUAAGCUCGACUUUCUUCUACCUCGCCCGACACCCGGCCGUAUUCGCCCGUCUCCGCCAUGAAAUUGUCGACACCUUCGGCGACAGCAAGACCUCCAUUGAGAUCACCCAGACAAAGCUAAAGGAUAUCCCCUACCUCCGCUACGUCCUAAACGAAGUCCUCCGCCUCCAACCGCCCGUCCCCGUAAACUUCCGCGUCGCCACAAAAGACACUUCCCUACCCGUCGGAGGAGGCCCAGACAAACGCUCCCCAGUCUACGUCGAAAAAGGCCAAAUGGUCGCCUACAACGUCUAUGCCAUGCACCGCCGCACAGACCUCUGGGGCUCUGACGCUCGUGCUUUCCGGCCCGAGCGCUGGGAGGAGAACGCUAAGCACGGAUGGGAAUAUUUGCCCUUUAACGGUGGCCCGAGGAUCUGUCUUGGUCAACAAUACGCCCUCACGGAGGCUAGUUACACCGUUGUCCGACUGAUGCAGCAUUUCGAUACCCUUGAGAAUGCGGAUCCUCACCCACGCCAGGAACCUAUCAAGCUGUCUAAUUUGACGAUGAUGCAUGAUACGGGUGUGCCGAUUAAGUUGUAUUCGUCAGAGGCGAAUUAA